AUGGCUAAACGCUACUACGACCUUGCGCUGGAGAUGAACAAGGAGGCCUAUCUGCCGGUGACGCUGGCGCUGGCGAAACUCCGGCUGCGCAGCUGGUGGAACGGCGUGAGUGGCGGCAAGAUCAACGGCAUCAAGGACGAAGAAGGGGACGAGGAACAGAGGAGACCCAAGACGUGGAUCGAGUGGGUGAACCGGUUCCUGGACGCCGCCGAGGAGAUGGACGCGCGCGAGGCCGAGGCUUUCGCGCGAGAGCAGAACGCAGACGACGAGCUGUUGGCAUACGCCGACCCGGGAAUGGCUGCUGGCGGCGGCGAAGCCGAGUACACCGACCGCCACCCGCACGCACACCACGGGCAGCCGGGCGGAGGAGGCGACGUCUACGGCGCGGACGAGUGGGACGAAAUCGACGACGGCCUGGUCGAGAGCCUCAUCAUCAUCGCCCUCGCGGGCGCUUUGGCCCUGCUGGUCUACGCCCGCCAGGCCCGGCAGCGGGUGUUGGAGGAGGAGCGGCGUCAGGCUCAGAAUCAGAAUCAGAAUCAGCAUCAAGCGCCCGCGCCUCAACAGCCACAGCCACAGCCACAGCCUGGACGAGGCGAUGGAGAUGGCCAGCAGGACAGAGGCAUGUUCCCGCCCCCCGGGGAUCUGGAUUGGAAUAACUGGGUUGCGGGCGGGAUCGGGCAUUGA